GCUGUAUUUACUUGUUUAUAAAAGGGUGUUUCGAGGAAAUACUGAAGUAGUUCUAUACACCCGAAUAAGCUAGAGUAAAAAUGUUCAGGCAUUUAGUUUUAAUCCUUGUAUUUGUUUUCGUCGCCCGUGGUGAUGAAUCAUGUGACCGGAAGGAGAUGGAAGACACGAUAUGCAGUCUCUGUACACAACGGAAAAGAAACCAUUUGGGUGGAACAGGAAAGCAGGUUGCGUUUUUCGCUUAUAUGUCGAAGAACAUGAAGACGAAUACAUUUUCCCGGCACAAAAUAUUUGUUUAUGAUCGUAUUGAAAUCAACGUCGGUAACGGAUAUGACGUCAGGUCGGGAAAAUUCACCGCUCCAGAGAGUGGUGUAUACGUCUUCCAUACAUCCACAGUUGCAUUAGACAAAUCUCACUGCAUCGUAGAAGUGGUACAAAAUGGUGUUGUCAAAGACAUAGGAUGGGCUGAUGCAAUGGACCACCGCGACAGAGCCUCGGCUUCAACAAUGACCAUAUUGCAGUUAAAGAAAGGCGAUGUCGUCAACAGCCGGGUCGGCAACUAUUUUGGAGGAAACUACAUGGAGAGCAAUGCAUAUAACCGAAUGAGUUUUUCUGGAUUUAAACUUCUGUAAAUAUUCUGGAAAUAAAUUGGUAAAUUUAA